AUGACUGAACGAAUGACCACCCGCGCUGCGAACUCGAAGAAGCACCCAGGCGAGCUUCACAAGGCGUUGGACAGGAAGACCUCCGAGGAGAUCGCGCUGGCAAAGCAACAGAAGGCUGCUGAGAAGGAGAAGAGACUCGCUGAGAAGAACCGUACCAUCCGUCGCCUCGCUGAGGUUGAGAACAAGGUCGCAGAAGAGUAUAACUUGAAGGCCUCGAAUGCCACCAAGGCACCGACCAAGGUCAAGAGACUGACGCUCCGCAAGCCGACCGAGGGCGAAGACACCACCAGCAAGACAACAAAGACUAAGAGCACAAGCAAUGCCGGACAAGAUGCCACUACGAAGAGGCCCUCUCGAGGCAAGGGAGCGUUGAAAGCUCCUGCCGACUGGGUUGGACAUGUUGGUGACAUCCUCACCAGCAGUGUUGUUGAUGGCGAGUCCGUUGCAGCGGUGAAGAAGAGUGUUGCGGACCGGGCAGUCAUCCGCAAUGAGGUCAACAAGCAAAGGUUGGAGAGCGUGUCAAUGGCAGACUCCGCAAAAGGCAAGAAUGAUGACUCAGCACCAGCGUUCGAACCUGUCUCCUUCAAGCUAAACAUCAAGAAGUGGUCGAGCGGAGUACAACCCCAUGGACCUACCAACUCCACCUCCACUUCUGCUACAUCUUCCCGCAUUCAGAGUGCCCUUACCAGUGCCAAGUCAUCUACUCUCGCUGGGUCGACAAUCCGGGUGAAGAAUGGUCAAGAGCCUGCUUCAGUCAAGUCCGCUCCUGUCAAGCCCACUCCCGUCGAGCCUGCUCCUGUCGAUGAGCCAGGCGAGGCUGGGCUUGAGGAUGAUAACGAGGAUGAUCUGCGCCGGGAGCGGGAGAGUUUUGAUGAGCGCCCUGCUGGUGCAGCCUGUGUGGACGAGAUUGUGGUCGUCAGUUCUCCCCCCGCAAGUCCUCGUCCGUUGUCUCCACUGGCAGUUCCCGCCAAGAGGACCUCCGUCAAGCGCCGAUUGGAUGAUAGUGAUUCCGAGGACAGUGCGAGUAGUGUGAGUAGCACCUCGGAGAUCAUGGUCAUUGACAAAGAAGACGAGGUCAUCGUUGACGAGUAUGAUCAUUUGUGGGAUUCGUACUCUUUGCCUCUGGAACAGCGGCCAUGGGAACCACUGACAUUUGACGAGGAGGACAUUGCCCAACCGGAGCCCGACAUUGUUGAAGCCCGCCGAACGACUGCUAAGACAGAUGUUGAGAUCCAUUCGCCCAAACCCGUGAAGAAAGAGUUGCAGCUGGAAUCUCGCCCAGCCAAGCGCGUGAAGAUCGAGGAGGUUGAGCCCUCGGCCAAUACGCAAGAACAGAAGGAGAAGAAAAAGCGCAAGAACAAGGCACCGCGCCAAAAGGACCUUCUCCCUUCGUACUGCAACAGCGACAACAAGUGGGCAAGGCUCUUCGUUUCCACUUUCCUCAAGUGGUUGGGCACCCAGAAGAGUGUUUGGGGCCCAACGAAUGCGAAGGUCCUCGAUGCCAUCCGGCACAUUUGGCGUGCUGUCUAUGGUGAGGAACUGCCGGCUGAGCAGGACUCAUUCAGCUCAGCUGCGUUUGCUAUCUGCAAGCAGCGGGCGAACGAAUGGCGCAGUAGCUUCGGGUCGACUGCUGUUGCUGCUCUCGUUGCCUCCUUCGUCGAACAGGGUAUGUAUGGCAACCAUGAUUCAGCGCAGCAGCGCGUCACCUACGCAAAUGGCCUGCUCGCUGGGAACGCGUUCAUGUACGAGGAUGUCAUCAAUGGGAAGCCCACUCACACCUAUCACGGCAAGCUCUUUCUCAUCACCCUUGCGACUCAUUACUGUGCUAUCAGGACUGCUAUCGAAGUCCCGGAGUUGAGGCUUUCCACUCCAUAUGCUCCUAAAGGCGCGAUGACUUUAUGCUGUUCUGCGGCCGAACGCGCGUGCCAGCUUGCUGCCAGGGACAAGCUUGGUGAUAUCAGUGACAUCCUUAUCACCCUCGCAAAGCAUCACGAAAGCGGCAGAUCGGGCAGCCUCGUCAACAAGGCCAAGAACCUUCUCGCGUCAUCCGGCAGCCGCAAGCAGGUCAACUCGAGGACGGGAAAGAAGUCGACGACCCUUUCAAACUUUUCGGAGGCCAAUUGCAAGGUGUCUACGGACAUGUUCGGCAUCUCGGUCAGGAACACUCGCCCGGUCACCAUUCUUUCGGAUGCUUUCAACGCAUCAAUCCCGUACGCCCCCAAGUCGAAGGAGGAGGAGGAUGACGAUGACGAUGAAGAUGACGAGGACGACGAGGACGGCAACACGUCUGACAAUGACGAUCCGCGGGCUUGUCUGGUCAUGAACUAAACAUCGCAUCCUGGGUCGCAGCCGCAGCCGCGCUGAAUUCCGCUCCCAAUUAUACUUGUCUCUCGCUUUGCGUGUCGUGGCCGUUGGCUUUUGUUCUCGUCUUUCCCGCAAUAGUCGCUGUUUUCUCAUUUUCCAAUUUCUACUAAUUCACAUAGCAUACUCCCCACUCAGUUCUAUCGCUUCCCCGCUCUGUCUGUCUGCUUUCCCAUUAUUUUCUGCACCGGUUUUUGGGCGCUUCACCGGCGCUUUUGCGCUUUUAGAUCCGCUUUUUUUGCAUUGUUCUAUUCCGGUUAGUGCUUAUGGACACUUAAUACACACGUGUUGGUAUGUUUUCUGGCUAGCUCAGUUUCAUGAGUACGAUGUAAGCGCGUGCAAGUGUCAAAAAGCGCUGCAAAAAGCGGCGAGAC